CAGUAGCGUUCACUACUGAUCCAGCUACCGGUCUGUGAUCAGUUAACAUGGCCGAACCUGAUAAACCAACUUGGGUCGAGCUUCUUGAUGAAAGAACUCCUCAUCUGAUUAAGGAGUUAGUUCCAACUAAACUGUUACCUUAUUUAAAUUUACCCAUUAGCGAUAAAGAAAACAUUCAAUGUGACGAGAAAAACAAAGGAAAGCAAGUAGCCACGGUGACGCUUUUCGGCAAAUUGACAAAGCGUAACGGACCGAAUGGGCAGAAGACAUUUGAACAGCUGGUCAGAGCGUUAAGAAAUGUAGGAAAUCAGCAAUCUGCUUUGCUUCUGGACCCAAACUUUAAAGGUAAUUACUAUGUAUCACUGUACCUGGCGUUAAUACCGAUAGCUACUGCUGCAACCCGCAAAAGUCUACAAAAUCAACUAUUUCGCGGUCUGUUUGGUGGUUAAGUUUUCAUAAGCCAUUCUGGUGUGACACAACAGACUUGCCAGGAAACCUAGGAGUGAAACAGAGAGCGGAGUUUGAGCAGAAAAACUCCAUCGAAGCUCGUAGACGGGGUGCUUAUAAAGCGCAGGCAAGAGAGACUUGCCUCACGGCCUUGUGUGGCCGAACUUCCUUAUGCGCGAAGGACUUUGAGAAAAUCAAGGUACAUAAAAAACGAAUAAGUAGAAGAAUCAUUCACGGAGUUCAAUGAAUCGGGUUAGCAGAACAUAGUAGGUGUCCUCUUCUUUUCGAAAUCAUUGAUUCAGGUAGAAAUUUAAAAUAUCCACCUUAUUUUUGAUUUUAGAUAUUAUUUUGGAUGUAGUAGGUGUGCAGCUCAACCAUGCAAUGAGACACAUCACGAGUACAAUAACGAAAAAUAAUUUUAAAAAGAAAAUAAGAGGGGGCAUGCUCUUCGAUUCUCGUGUUUAAAUAUAUAUCAAGGAGAAUGAGUGAAGAACAGCAGGGCCCAUGCAAGUCUGCGUGUCCAUCAUUGAAAGGGAGAUGUUCAUCCCAAAGCAAAACAAAAUGAUGUAUUAACCUUGUAAAAUCGUGAAUAUCAUCAUAUUCUUUCAGUUACUAAUGACUCGGAUGAAAUCAAAGACGAAAAUAGCCUUCGGCUGGGAAUCUUGGGCACAGCAGCAGGUACUGUAAAUGUAUGACGCCAUUUUAAAUUUUCCUUCUUGAUUUGUCAUAAAAGAAAAAUUGUUACUUGUUGGCUACCGUACAGCUGUAAGCAAACCAUCAAUAAUAAUCAAACGACAAACUUUCGCCCUGUUUUCUAUAGAAAUUAGGAAUUAUGUACAGCUUGGUUCCGUUUUUAAUUAAAUUUUAAACAACCUUUGACUUGUAUUUCCUCCGUGAGUUAUGAGUGUAUCCAAAGAGCCGUUAACCUGUUGUAGAAAUUUGCGCAGGAACUUUACUUUACUUUGUUCAUUUGUUUGUUUGUUUUUUUGGCAAAUGGGCAGAAAUUGCAGUCAGAAUUCGCCUGCUAAACGAGGAGACAAAGAAGUACUCCAAAAGGCGAGAAAAAGAAAUCUUGGACAAAUUUGGUGACAUCAGAUCAGAGAGUACGCUUGAACUCCGCAAUCACUUACAUCAGGUAUAAUAAAAUAAUCUUGAUGCGGAGAUAUGCAACAUUGUACAAUAUUAUUGCCGAAUUCGCAGGGUUAACCUCAGCCUCAAGUUUACUCAAACAUGUCAAAGGCUAGCAAACUAAGCCCACAACUGUAAAUUGGUCUAUUUUGCAACUCUCUUUGUACCUUAAAAAGCUGAGCUGAAGAUUUUCAAGUUUGAACCGGAGAGUAAUCCGUCUAAAGUUAUCUUUUCCAGUCUAGCCCAAUCGUAUCCGCCUCUGGCCUUCUUCUAGAUCUGUAUCCUUGUACAGUUCUGUUUUUCUGAGCGGUUACUUGGGGUUAUGGCCCGUUAAGGAAGUCGUAGUCAGAAGUCAGUAGUCAUUAAUACAAUUGUCUGACCAAUUCUUUUGUUGGCUUUGAAUUCAAGGAAUUACCCGAGGGAGCAGCCUUCUCCGCGGUGUUUAUUGAAACGAAAGAUAAGUUAUUGGCCUGCAAACUGCGCGUAUCACUAAAGUCCGCCGCUGACCAGAUAUGGGAGGACUCACGCAACGGUAGACUUAUGACAAUUCUGAAGAAGAAUUUACUGAGAGGACUGGACCCCGAAAUGCUGUCACACCUGACCAUGCGCAUAAACAUCAUGCAAGAAGAAUAUCAGACAGCUUGUGAAAUUCUUGCUGGUAUUUAUUUAUUUAUUUUAUUUCAGUAGAGGUUUAAUUUUCAACUAUAUUGUUUGUGUCUAAAGUUUUCAUCGGGUAGACUAAGAGAGGAUAAAGGGGACAGAGAAGGCAUCCCCCAUACACACCCUAUUCCAUAGGUAAUUCGCCUCGAGUUAUUUUUAGAAUCGGGAUAAAGUUACCUCGCGCGCUGCGUGGAUGUUUCGUGGAGGUUUCGCAUGACCAAACGUCGUGCAAAACAUGUCGGGCGAAAGGCAAUGAAAGCGUAUAGAGAUCGAGAGCAACUCUGAAUAUUGAAACGAGCGCCCACCUGGGAAAAGGGAAUCGCUGGACUCUUUGACAACCCGUGAAAUCAGUUUAACUCGAAGUUGUCGUAACCUGAGUGCUUUAAUAAAAUGAGAAAUAUCGCCGGUCUAUUGAAACCGGUCGUUUGUACAAUAAAGCAAGUAGGACGCCAAGUGUUAUUUUUGUUGAAUAAUAAAAGACUAAUAAAAGAAUAAAUAUCAAACCAGAAAUUGCUCUCUUCAAACUGUAAAUUAUAAAUGAUCCUGAGAGAAUAUUCAGUGUGUUAAGGAUUUCCCUGCUGUACUGCUAGCUCUAUACAAGAGAGGAAGAGCGAUUCUUUUUUGAUUUCCGUUUCGCUGACACAGCUUUAGCAGAAAUCUUUCUGUAGUCGUUUUCGUUGACAAAACGAAUGGCAGUAUCGCUCUCCGCGUCUUGGGCCAUCUUUUUCUGCGUCAAUUCGUGAAGGACGCGUGGCUCUGAGCGUGGGUAAUCCACGCAGAACACAUUCGCGCUAUGUGAUUGGCUGUUGUCUAAUCCCCCUUGAGAUCUGUGGUCUUAAAAAUAACUCGAGACGAAUUACCUGUGGAAUAGGGUGUGUAUGGUGGAUGCCUUCUCUGUCCCCUUUAUCCUCUUUUGGGUAGACAUAAUUGGUAAAAUUUGAAAUCUGGCCUUGAUAGUUACCAAGCAACAACUGCAAUGACUACUGGCUUGUGGGACAUUUGACUUAAGGCAAUCUCUGUUAAAGAUGAGCGCGUACACUCUUACAAUCAAUUCUCGCUAAGAUGGAAGCCGUGGUACCUCCGUCUCAAACAGGUGUUUGCUUGACAGAGAAGCAAAGGCAGUGAAUGACCAGUAGGGGCUAUUUUGGGGCUUUUUUUCUAUAACAAGGUUAGACUUGAGAACUAUUACAUGGACUCAAAGCCCGGUUAGCUCAGUUGAAAGAGAGCCGGUCUUCCAAACAGGAGACCACGGGUUCAAACCCCCGGCCGGACCAUCAACCUAGCUUUAAGUCCCAGUAGUGACCAACAGCAAUUUUCUCCUAACAAUGUCCAUACAUUGUCAAAAGAUAAGGUUUUGAGAAUAUAAAAAAUGAUCACGAAAGAGAAAAUGCCUUGAUGUUUUAUUAAAUUCUCUAAACUAAUUCUGAAAGGAAAUGUAUGGAGAUCAGUUUGGAAAAUUUGUAUGUGGAUACUGGGGCUUAAAGGGUUAAAUGACAGUAUGAUCAUGCUGGAUGUUUGAAACACUGUCUAAGUUGAGAUGAUCGGGUCUUUGGACGUGCCGUCCUUCUUUCGUCAGUAAAAUCGAGAGGGACUUGAAAGAACCCAUACUAUUGUCUGAAAAGAGUAGCGGAAGUUUACCCGGGUAUAUGAUCUACCGCAUUGCACAAGUCAUUCAAAUCCGUCAUGGACUGGGUGGGUCACAGUUAGUCUGCUAUACACAGCCGUUUUUAGUGUCGUCACGCUCCUCCCUAAGUGGGGAGGAGCGUUACGUGACGACACUAAAAACGGAUGUGUAGUAGACUCGGGGAGCUUUCCAUUUGUCAGAACUUACAGGCCAGACCAUUCCCAUCGCAAUGAUAAUUUCCCUUUUAAUCAAAACUCUCUGGCCAGAUCUGUCAAAUCAUGAAUAGUAUGCACGAAAGAGAUGGUUUUUCUGCAAAAACUCUUGGAAAAAGCCUAUUUCACUUUCUUACUGACUGGUCGGGCAAUGGUCCGGCCGGCCAGUUCUGACAAAUCGAAAGCGCCCUAGGACCCAGUAAGCUCAUAAAUGGACUGAUGGCGGUUGCCAAUGGCACUCUUGUAUGCUGACGUCCGAGGUUACUGUUAGUAAUGUAGGGAGGACACUUCAGUUGUCCUCUUGUCCCCAACAUGUCAUUUCCCUUCAUUUUAAAAAGCAACCUCGGGUGUACAGAUCAAUUCUAAACACAAGAAACAUCAGUUAUUAUGAUAAAGGGAGAAAGGGAGUGAGGGCAAUUUGUUCAUACGACAAAUAUCUAAUGGGCAUAAACAGAUAUCAUAUAUUUUUCAGGUGGUGAUCAAGCUGUUUUGUCUGAUGAAGCCCGUAAGGCGAAAAGAUAUCGGAUUCCUCCAGGUAAAACCAGCAAUAAAAUUAUGUAAAUAUAACUUGAAGCCGGAGAAAAAAGCCGACCUGCCAUUCGCGUCGACGCCACGACUGGUUUUCCCGCUAAAUGACGUUUGAGGAACGAGCGUAGAAAUUCCAUACUGGUGACAUGUCACUACCCAAAUUUGGAUAGUGCUUCUGACUGGUAGUGCAGCAAGUCAAAUUUGCUUCAACCAAUCAGAAGAACUACCCAGAUGUGGGUAGUGAAUGUCAUCAUUACUGAAUUUCUACGUUCGUUCCUCAGACGAAACCGGUGGUAGCUUAUGUGGACGCAAAUUAUUGUAGCUGAUCCAGGAGACAAAAUACUUGGCUAUUUAUAUUACUGUUUGACGUGUAGACUCCAGGCGGCCAAGAAACAAAUCUACCUAGCUAGAGGCCGGGGAGGGACUCUACCCAGGACCUCCGAAUUACGAGUCCUGCACGCUGAGCACACGGCGAGGCUUCUUUGCCAUUUUGUUACUCCACAAACUACAGGAAGGCUUGGUACAAGCUUUUAGUACAAAGAUUCCCUGGAUUGAUAAUAUAAAAUAAGCCAUGAUUGUAUGAUGGCUGCCUUUUGAGUGCCAUCGACACACCUGUUUACGGAAACUAUCCCAGAAAUAGUUGCGCCGAAAGCUUCUAAAGAACUGUAGUAAAGCUUCUAACAGUGACUCGAUUGGUAGUAAUGAUCUUAUAAUAUCUCCUUCAGUGGUGCUGGACAAGAAAGCAGAAUUAAAACUCCGAACAUACCAACGUGAACUUGCCUUCCCUGCGUCUGAAGGAAGGAAUACAAUCAUUUGUGCUCCCACAAACAGUGGUAAGACCUACGUGGCCAUCGCAAUAGCCCAAGCACACUUGAAAGUGUUAAAAGAGGUUGAUUUUGGCAGGUUUCCCCGUCCUGCAAAAGUGCUUUUUAUCGUAAACAAGGUCAACUUGGUUCUUCAGCAGAGACAGCGCUUCGAUUAUUACCUUUCCAACAGGUAUGCCAUGGGUAUUCUUGUCAGCUAGAUAGUCUGUCAUAAAUCUAUUUAUUUAAUUACUUAUUUAUUUACUACUCAAUUCAAUUACAGAUAUCAAAAUAGUUGCAUAUAUAUAAAACCAAAUAUCUAAAAUAUCUUAUAUAUAAAAGUGAUAUCUGUAUAACAAGGACAGUUUAUAAAGAACACAAGGACUCCUUAUGAGAAUAAACUGCUUAAAACGUAGAAUAAACAAUAAAAUAUAAAAACUGUUUAUAAGAAAAUUCAAAUCGUAAAUAUGUUACCAGUAAUAAAUGUUCAGAGGAGUGUUGUAAUCUAAUUACUUUACCUGGUCAAGACUUUUUGUUAAUUUAUUCGCUUAAUUUGAUGUCUGGCAUCUCUCUUGCUGAUAGCUACGAUAUAACUGACAUAUCAGGGGCCAACGCCCAGGACAAAACGCUUGAUGAGGUCAGCCAAGAACAAGAUGUGAUUGUCCUCACGGCGCAGAUCUUGGUGGACGCCUUAAAGUCCAAGCGAGUGAGAAUAACGGACUUUUCGUUGCUGAUAUUUGACGAGUGUCAUCACACUGGAAAAGGUCAUCCAUACAACGAAAUUAUGCUUGCAUACCUAGGAGCAAAGUGCCCAGUUUGGGGCGCUCGUACUCAAGCACAUAACUUGCCACAGGUCAUUGGAUUGACUGCGUCUCUGGGAGUUGGCAAGGCUCGUAACAAGAAUGACGCCCAAGAUCAUAUCCUCCGGCUUUGUGCAAAUCUGGAUUGUUCGGUGAUUGUUACUGUACAAGAAUAUAUCAAGGAUCUGGAAGGUUUGUUUAUUAACAAAGCUAGCAUAAAUCAUUCUCUUCGUACAUACAACCACGGACACCAGAAACUAAACAAAAAAACGUAAUCCCCGCCGCCCUCCGUAACAAUGUUUUAUCGUGUUAUUAAUUAAAUCUCUAAAAUCAAUGAGGAUUUGUUAAAAUAAUCCCUGUCGCAAAGUGGAACGGGAAAAUGUAUGCGAUUAGCCUGUGAGGCUAGCGCAAAAAGAGGACUCGGGAGAGAAAACAUGGAGGGGAAAUCGGAGAAAUCCGUUUUAUUCUCCCCCCAGUCCCUCUCCUUUUUCCCUCGAAGCAAAGAGUAUCAUUUACUUUUUUAUCGGUUCCUUUGAGAUAAACGUAGUUAUUUUCCCAGCCCCUCUCAUUUCAAUUGCCCGCCACGAUAGCUAAAUUUAUCGUUAUAACUUGCAUAGCAUGUCUUAAAGCCGUGUUGACUAAACCUGACUCGAAACCUCUAGCUAUCUAUCUAACGAAGAAAUCCCUUUUGAACUGUCAUAAUUGCUUCUGGCAGGAAUGACAGGACGCUGUGAGCGAACGUACCUGGAAGUACCCGAUGGUGAAAUGGAUUACUUUGAUGAGGUCAUAGGUCAGGUCAUGAUCAGGCUUGAAGGGAUGAUGGUGAGGGAGCCUGGGCAACGAAGUUGCUCGCCUCAAGUACACCGCAGCAGCCAACGGUACCAGCAAUGGCUGAAAGAGUUGGAACGAAGCAAUUUAAGAAGCAGACAACAUUUUACUUUGAUACAACAUCUGAUGAGCUAUCACACAGCUCUGGCUAUCAAAAAAAGUUGUCGGGUCAAAGACGCCCUUAAUUACUUGGCAGAUUUUCACCAAAAACAGCGAGAAGACAAGUUCGAGAGCAUUGACCACGAUUUGAGGGAAAUUUACAUGAAGGUUUGUCAAAACUAUAUAAGUUUAGUAGUAAAUCGAUUGUGAGAUUUACAUUAUGAAUUAAAAGCCUUUCCUCCCUUUAAGGCUAAAUAUGCUGGCAAAUGUGUAACACAUGUUUCAAAACGCCCCUAAUUUGUUGCAGAAAUGUGAGUGUCAGAAAAAAUUCUCUUUAAAUUUCAUUUCAUAAAGAGCAAACUUAAACAAAAAAAGACAGCAAAAAAAAAAAACAAAAAAAACAAACAAUAAAAACAAAACAAACAAUAAAAACAAAACAAAACAAACAAGAAAAAAUAACCACGUACAGAAAGACAGGUACCACCUCGGCGUGUCCGUUUUAGGGACAUAACCUAUCCGUCUUAUAGAGAGUCAAAGAAAAUGACAGUUUAGAACGGCAGGACCAACUCUAGGUGUCCGCGUUUUAAGGAGGUGUCCAAAUUUUAGGGAACUCCGUUCGGAAAGAGAUAACUACAACACAUUAAACAGUAUAUUUAAAUUUUAGGCCAGAGGGAAGUUGGAUGAAAAGAGGCAAGAGAAAGGAGAAAUAAAGAAUCCCAAGUUAGAGGCUGUUGCUAGCUUAUUAAGUAAAAAACACCAGGCAUGCGUGGAGGACGGAGGCAAAAAGACAGCAAAGGGAAUACUGUUCACUAAAACCCGUGAAAACACCAAAGCUCUUAAGGCCUGGCUUGAUGAGAACCCCGACCUUUCCUUCAUUACUGCAGAGCGCCUUGUGGGUACUGGCAAGGGAGAAGGUCAGUUUUAAGACGAUUCCUUCCUUGUCUGGUUCUACAUUAUACACCAACCACCCGAGAAAUGUUUUCAGUUUGUGUUGAAAUCGGAGAAGGGCUUUAAAUUGAUAACCUUAUUGAAAUGCACCUUUCAAGGGAUGAAAAAAACCCAGCACGAACAAUUCCAAACUCCAGCUAUUCCAACACCCGUGAACUAUUCCACACGGGUCCGGUCAUAGAUCAGAGUGGGAAAAUCUUAUCUUUUUUCAGAACACAACAGCUAAAUCCUGCACCGAUGUUGAGAACCGCCAAAAUAGCUACCAUAUGGCCAGAUUGUUAAAAACAGGAUACAACAACUGACCCAAGAUUAGAACGAAGACUUUAAAUCUAAGAGCUUUCUGCCUUUAAUUUGAUGCUUUGGCUCUUUAAAAUGACUAUAGUCAAAUAAUAAGAAAAAAGUAUCUUUGAGCAAAAAACCGAGCGAAAAGUCCGGCGGGUGGGGGUACUCCCGUUUUUAAGUGACGGGGAUGAUCGAAGGAAUUUUUUUUGGUUUGAGAUUGUCGAUUCCGGGAGUUUUUUUUGGUAGGAUAAUUGGGCAAGUAUUCUAAGGGUGGCUUGAUUCAAGUAGAGAUGUUUUGGGGGGUAUUCAAAAUAAUCUGAAGAUUCGCGGUGGUGCCGCGUAUCCCGGCCGCGUGCAGUCAGUCUGUGAAUAAAGUACAGUGAAACCUCUAUCAAGCGCACCCCCAAUUAAGCACACACCCUCUAUUAAGCGGACACUAAGAAGGGUCCCGAAAUUGAGGUCUUAGAUUUCCCUUUAUAACGAACCCCUAUUCAGCGGACACUUCUAUUAAGCGGACGCGGACACUAAAAUAACUUGUAUUUGGCCAAGUUCUAUUGUUAAAAAGACCUCUAUUAAGCGGACACCGGACCUUGAAAUAUGUACUUUAGUCGAUUAAUAAUGAUAAAUCAAUACAUCUAGCUGUCAAUAAACUGUAGAUUAGACCGAUAUACGGUUUGUAAUGAAAGGUAAUGAACUUGAACCUGUUCACGUGACUCUGGAUAGCUAGCUUCCUUAACAACGUGGAACUUUAUCACAGUACAGAGUAACCGUUGAAUUUUAACAAACAUUGCGCAAGUUUUACAAACCUCUAUUAAGCAAACACUUGGGAAGAUCCCGAAGGUUUCACUGUACAUGCAAAUAAAAUACGACGUGUUAUAUUGCUUUCUGGAAAUUUUUAAGUCUCCGAAUUUCGGAACAGGAUUUUUUUGGGGGUAAAUUUUUGGUCCAGGGAUUUUUCCUGGUUUUGAUAUUUGCUCACAUGCGAUCAUCCCCGUCAGGGGAGGGAAUUUGGGUGCGAGACCUCGCGCGAGGGAUAAGGGAGGAGGCGACCUAUAGGGUUAUUUUCAAAGGGGUACUCCGGGUGCGUACUAUAGUGUUGAUCUCAAACGAUCUUUCAGAUGGUAUGACCCAGCGCCUACAGGAGGAAGUUAUAGCGAAUUUUCGCAGUGGAACCAUCAAUCUGUUAGUGUCCACCACAGUCGGCGAAGAAGGUAUCGACAUACCCGAUUGCAAAUACGUCAUAAAAUACGAUGUCGUCGGAAACGAGAUUGCCAGUGUUCAGUCUCGAGGGCGUGUACGCGACAAGGAGGGUAAGUACGAAGUGGUGGCUGGGAAAGAAAGUGGUGUGAUUGAGAAGGAAAAUCUAAAUGUGAUCAGAGAGGUGAUGAUGCAGGAGGCAAUUAAAGAGGUGAAGGCCAUGGCUCAACAAGAAUACGCAGCCAAGGUAAGAGUUCAAAAGAAAGAAACUCUAUAAACGCCAAAAAAGAUGAAAUAUUUCAAUGGUUGAGGAUUUUAUAACUCCGCCGAGUAACUCCGAUACUAGGCCUGUGUCACUGCGCGUUUUCAGAGACAAGUUUGUUCUCAGCGACAUUUUAGAACCGUUUUCCCGCGAAAAAGGAAGCUCCGCUGCGUUUUGAGCGCAUUCGAAAUAUAGCAUAUGAAUGAAGAAAACUUAACUUCAUUAAAAGGUCAAAGAAACAUUUUUAGGUCGGUAGGUUUUGCUUACAGGUAUGUAGGACUUUUUUGAUAUUCUAAAUUCGCGCCAAAAUCGGUCUAAAAAUAAACUGGUCAGUAUGAAAACGUCGUGACACGAGUUUAUCAAAGUUGCUCGCUCCGAGUCAUGGGCUCCUGAGUAGCCAAGUGAAAAGAAGACGAAAAUUCUAAAUUUUAUCGAAAUAUCAUUUAAAAUGUUGGACAACAAAUUGUGCCAUAUGAAAUUAACUCUGAAUGGGUUUCACUUGAAUGGUAACAUCAUCGGAGUUCGUCCACAGAUUCAAAAGUUAGAGCCGCCCCUUAAGACUACAAGACUAUGCAAUUCAUUUAAGGGAGUGAAUAGUCUGCUACACAGCCGUUUUUAGUGUCGUCACGCAACGCUCCUUGGGUAGACUAGGUGAAAGGAUAACUGAAAUUUACCUAAUUGUUUACAUAAUUUCAUCUAUUCCCGUCGUGUUUCUAGAUUUUAGAUCUUCAGCUUCGAGCAGUCACCCAGUGGAGAAACAAAGAAAACUGCAGAAGAGCUGAGAAAGACAAGACACAACAAGACAAAGUUCAGCUGUUUUGUCGAAAGUGUCAGGUGCCUGCAUGCAGUGGGGACAAGAUUAGGUGUAUCAAGGAGGCCCAUCACGUGAUUAUUGAUGAGAAAUUCAGGUCCAAGUUUUCCUUUAGACGAAACAAAACUCCGAAAGUGAUUAACGGGGUUGAACUAACAGGUUUGGAAAAAUUUCAAAUUCAGCCAGAAACUAACAUGGAAGUAUUAGAGAUCGGCCAAAAUGUGCUAAUAGAGCCAACGAACAGCCACACUGACUCGCACUCUGAAAUGAGAUUGGGCCUACUUCGCAGUCACUAAAAAGGGCGAAUCGUUCUAGAACGACAGUUAAUGUAGAGAGAAUUAACGACGCUAGUAUUCUGCAGCAUUCAAACAUUUUAUCGACAAAGAAAAAGUAGAUGGAGAAAAUUUCUUGCAGACUGACAGGAAUAGAAAAAUUGUUCUCAAAUGUGUAUUUUUCAAGCAUUACUUGUAGUCUUGCCACUUACUCAAGCGAUAAGCCCCUUUUCCCCAUUCCUUCCAGUUCCCCCCUGAUUCUCUUCGGCGGUCAUCCAGACCCUCAGAUAAGGGGGACCCGGUCUCCAAAAAAAUGUUUUUCGGCUCUUCGGGUCUCAGUUAAGUUAGUCUAGAAAUAAGGGGGGCAGGGCCCCCUGGCCCCUCCCCUAGAUCCGCCACUGAGGAGUGGGCGAUGAGCCAAAAGAAAUUCAGCAUUGGUGAUGAUACAGUCUGCGGCCAGGCAGGGGCUACGCUAGCUAGUCCUUUUAUUGCUUCGUUUCAAUGCGCCUUGGUGGUUACAUAAGGUCCCCAUAAUGAACGUACGUUUCCUACUUAGAUUGUCCACCAAUCUGUUUUCUCAACGCAAACUGGAAAUUAGGAGCGUGACAAACAACUACCCCACCCUCUCACUCUCUGCUUUGACACCAACGUGCAGUUUGCACGUUCAUCAAAUAAAAAGACUACGUCUUUCCAGGGCUUUUUGGCGAGUGAAUCUCAGUGACGAAUCCAAGAUAAAGCAGAGGGGGACGCCUUUCAGGAACUAGACCAAUUGCUCACAAACCCGCUCGGGCCACGUGUCCCGAAACGCAUAGGCCGCGCGAAAUAACGAGUCUUGAUAGGAAUGAGUAAAAAUGCGAAAACAAAAUAAAACAAAAGCAAAAGCAGAGUAAUUUGAAGAGUUCACCAGCCCUCAAGUUGUCUUUUCUCGUUUAAAGGGAAAAUUCGCAACGGCGACGACAACGGCGACAAGAAGUGCAAAAAAGCAGGGGGGUUAAAAAGAAAAACAACAACUCUACACGUGCAUCAUACUUUUGCGUACAUUUCUUAUCCGUCAAUUUAUGCGACUAUGACAUAAAAUUUGCCUUGGCGACUUUUUGAGGACUUUUUGAGACUAAUCUCCCCUUCCUGUGGCCAUCGUCUUUGCUAAAGCUCGUUAUUUUUUCAGCCUUCGUGCUGGCGGCUCCCUUUUACUGUUGCAACAAAGGAAAUGGCAGACGUCUUGAGUUCAUGCUUCAUGCUUGCUUUGUUUCUCAGGUCCUAUACACUGUCAACAUUGUGAUGCAGAAUGGGGCGUGAUGCUGAAGUACAAAUCAAGAGAAAUGCCUUGCAUCAAAGCCUCGUUCUUUGUCUUUCAAUUUGACAAAUCUGGUGUCAAAACAUCAUUGUCUUUUAAGAAGUGGAAGGAUGUGCCAUUUCACGUAGAGGACUUCGAUCUCAGCAACCACGAGGAGCAAGUCAUGGAUUGUUUCCUGGAUUUACCCGAGCUGUGUUUAGAUUAGCCCCGUCCCUGACUUGCAUACAAUAAUGAACGGACUGAAAAUGAAUUUCAAAUACAAUGCUAGUGAAAACUGGAGUUGUAUGUAAUACGACUAAUUAUUGAAUCAGUUUUGCUCUCUUUUGCUUUUUGACAGCAGGUUCUUAUAAUGAUCCUUAGAUGAGCAUCUUAUUAGUAGGUAGCCUACUGAUCGAAAGUGGCCCUCCGAAGCAAGUUGAAUUUUGAAUUUGAGUAUUAUCCUCCCGUCAGACAGAUUUAUUUAGGGGUUCCGGCCCUAUACGACCUUCCCCUGGAUCCGCUUCUUGGUGUCCACCUUAGAAAGAGUUGAGUGUACUGUAGUUUCUUUUGCGAAAUUAGAAAAGUAGAUAGAUCUUAAGCAUGACUUAGUGCAUGAGUCAUUGAAUUUUGUAAGAGUUCUGUAGUAUUUCAAGCGGCCCCUCUCGCAGUUUAGCGAUUGGCAAAGUUUCAAAAUGUCUUUAAUUAAUCUUUCUGUUAAAUUUACCUUUGAACUGAAUAUAUUAAAAAAAAUUAACCAAAAAGCCGAAACACUGGCAAGUAAUACCACAACAUACUAUGUGUUAACCACGACGGCGGUAUUUUUAGCGUCGCAAUCAGGUAAAAAUCAUUAUUUCUUUCUACUUACUGCCUCCUUUUUACUUGUUACUGAAAAGUAGUGAAAAUAAAAUAGACACAUUCCAGUAAGAAUGUCAGUUCAACUUAUGCCAAGAGAGAAUGAGCUAGUGCUUAUGCACACCGUUAAAACAAUUAAUUUCUGUGUAUUUAGAGCUUCGUCACGCGUUCCUUCACGGAACGAGUGAGGGGGAAAGAAGCCCCUGAGAACGUCUGCGUGAG